UUCUCAUGCCUAUAGUUGUGUUGAUCCACACACUAUCUCGACUGCAAAUCAACAUGUAUUAGGAACAACAUCCACGAGCACGUUUUCAUCUCCAGUUCUGCUCGGUGCGCUCACAUCAGUAACUGAAUCACGUAUCAGCGGAACAGCCCUCCUUCAAUGCGAACUUGCCAGACCUAUUGGAGAAAACCCCUACGGCUGGAUCUGUCACUGUUUCACUCAUUGGUUGGAAGACGAUCAGAAAAAAUGUUAAAUCCACCAAGAGAUAAACUGGAGUCGGUGUGUAGGGCGUCGUGAGGAUUCUAGUGGUAACCAGAUCUCAAUGCCAAGAGAGCUGUUUUCAACUGUUGACGUGACCAGAGAAUUGAACACAGAAAAAACGGGCAAUUUUGAGCAUAUCGAAAAAGAAAUCUACGUUUCGCAGCUGACUUCUUGGAUUUUUUCCCCCCCUACGUCUAAAGCAGCAGUGUUGGUGUCCUUACCCGAAUCAAUGCAGGAUGCAAGAGCACAAGGUCCAACUGGACUGGAUUACGGGAUUACUGAACUGAUUAUAGGACAGUUAUCAGGCAAAAGUCCUUAUCGCUGUCCAGAUGCUUGUAAAUGAAAGAAGAAUGUAAGCCGGAGUACCGAAGGAACAUAUAUUUUGGUGCAUUUGGUUUACUUUAUGGGUUAGUUCGUGUAGCCUACCUGUACAUAACCUGUAUGCAACAGUGUGUAGCUCUUACAAGGAAAAAGUGCCGUACACUGUGUAGUAGACUAGCCGAGAAUGCUGGACAAUUAACGGUUAAAUUAAUGACUAUCUCAGUAAUUUUCUGUAGGCUGGAUGUCGCAUAAGGGCAUUGCGCUUUGUACUGCCUAACCUUCAGCAUAGAUGGAUGUACAAACGCUUGUAACCUUGUAGCAACAGUGGAAAUUAUGAAUGCAUUGAAAUCACUAAAUACAUUUUAUUCGCUGCACGAGCGAAUCACAUCGGCCACAUGUUACAUUUUGUAUUGCGUUAAUGUGUAAUACUCAAGUACUUAGGCGUUCGUCGUUGUUUACAGAAAGGUUAAAAGAGCCACGUAAAAGAGGGAAAAGACUAGCUCAUAAGACAUCGAUUAAAUAACCCCUCCGUGUUGGAUACGAAACUACCUGUCUCGCAUGAUUUUAGUCGUAGUGGGUUCGCCGAAAAAAUCAACAGGUUGAGAGUUAAACAUGAUUUUUCUAAGCACGCGCAUUCUACACAAUAUGCGUCUUCCGGUCAUCUUUUUCCUUCUUUUGUGGGCUAAAGCCCGGACACUGAAAAAUCUGAAUUAUUCGGUUCCAGAAGAGCAGGGACCUGGCACUGUCAUUGGAAACAUUGCUAAGGAUGCUGGAUUUGGACCGUUAGAGAGGGGGAAAAAAUCGAACUUUAGAGUUCUGGAGAAUUCAUCUCCACAUUUGAUUGAUGUGGAUCCGGAGAGUGGUCUGCUUUUUACUAAACAGCGGAUUGACAGGGAGACGUUGUGCAGACGCAACCCUAAGUGUCAGCUUGCCAUGGAAGUGUUUGCCAACGACAAGGAAAUAUGCAUGAUUAAAAUUGACAUAGUGGAUAUAAACGACAACUCACCCAGUUUUCCCUCAGACAACAUAGAUAUUGAUAUUUCAGAGAAUGCAGCUGCUGGGACACGUUUUCCUCUAACAAUCGCGCACGACUCUGAUUCUGGGGAAAACGGAAUAAAAACGUAUCAGGUUACCAGAGACGACUACAAUACCUUUUCACUGGACUUGAAAUUGAGGGGCGACGGAACCAUCUAUCCUGAAUUGGUGGUUCAGCGACCUCUAGACCGGGAGGAUAGGUCUCAUCAUACCCUCCUUUUGACAGCCAUUGACGGAGGGGAGUAUCCACGAUCAGGGUCCAUGCAAAUCAAUGUCAGAGUUACUGAUUCAAAUGAUAACAGCCCAGUGUUCGAGAAACCAGCUUAUGUAUUGGAGCUCCCUGAAAACUCACCUGUUGGGAAAAUAUUGAUAGAUCUUAAUGCAACAGAUCAAGACGAGGGCAGCAACGGGCAGGUGAUCUACUCUUUCAGUGGAUACGCAUCCGAUAGAGUCCAGGAGUUGUUUUCCAUUGACCCAAACACAGGUGUCAUAAAGAUUCGGGGAGAGAUUGACUAUGAGGAGAAUCCGACAAUCGAAUUUGACGUGCAGGCCAAAGACCUGGGGCCCAACCCCAUUCCUGGCCAUUGUAAGAUCUCAGUCAAAGUGCUUGACAAGAAUGAUAACUGGCCAGUCAUCAGCUUUGUCUCAGUUCGCCAGGGGGCCAUCAGUGAGGCCGCGCCUCCUGAAUCCGUCAUCGCCCUGGUGAGAGUCACUGAUAAAGAUUCUGGUAGGAAUGGCCAGCUCCAAUGCAGGGUACUUGGUAAUGUGCCGUUCAGGCUACAGGAAAACAAUGACAAUUUUUAUACUCUGCUCACGGACAGACCACUGGACAGAGAACUGAAAGACGAAUAUAAUGUGACAAUUGUGGCCAGAGACAACGGAAUUCCGUCCCUGAAUUACACAAAAUCGUUCACCGUGAAAAUCUUGGAUGAGAAUGACAAUGCACCACGUUUCACCAAGACAGUCUACGGACUCCAGGUGCCUGAAAACAACAUUCCCGGAGAGUACCUGGGCUCAGUUCUGGCUCACGACCCAGAUAUCGGUCGGAAUGGGACCGUGUCCUAUUCCAUUUUGCCUUCACACAUUGGAGAUGUGUCAGUGUACACCUAUGUGUCUGUCAACCCAACCAACGGAGCCAUUUACGCAUCCAGGUCUUUCAACUAUGAACAAACAAAGUUCUUUGAGUUCAAGGUUCAAGCUAAAGACGCGGGGUCUCCUCAUAUGGAGAGCAGUGCCACAGUUCGGGUCAGUGUGCUGGACGUCAAUGACAACCUGCCCGUCAUUGUCCUACCCCUCCUGCUCAAUGACACCGCGGAAAUCACGGUCCCCAGGAACGUGGGCCUGGGCUACAUCGUGACCACGGUCAGGGCGGUCGACCACGACCACGGCGAGAGCGGUCGUCUGACUUACGAGAUCUCGGAGGGCAACGAGGAGCACCUGUUCGAGAUGGACCCGGUGGCCGGCGACGUGAGGACGGCCCACGCCACGUGGGAAGACGUGGCCCAGGCCGCGGAGCUGGUGGUGAAGGUGACGGACCACGGCAAACCGCCACUGUCGGCAGUGGCCAAGCUGAUCAUUAAGGCGGGCACCGGAGCCGUGGCGGGAGGAGAAACCCGGGCCGGAGGGGCGCAGCAGCACUGGGACGUGUCCCUGCCUCUCAUAAUCACCCUCUGCAUCAUAUCCGUCAUGCUCCUGGCCGUCAUGACCGCCAUCGCCGUCAAGUCCAAGCAUCAGGACAAGGAGGCCGGGAAUUAUAACUGCCGCGUGGCGGAGUACUCCACGUCGAACCCCCCGGCGGGGAAAGGCAAGAAGAAGAGGAUCAACAAGAGCGACAUCAUGCUGGUCCAGAGCGAGACGGAGGAGAGGGAGUCCGUGAGCCGGAUGAACGUGGUCAGCAGCCCGUCUCUCAUCACCUCGCCCAUCUGCUUCGACUACCAGACCACCGGCCCCCUGCCUCUCACGCUGCCCAGGUCGGAGGUCAUGUACCUGAAAACCACCUCCAACAGCCUGACUGUGCCCCGGGCUGGCUGUCACUCAAGCUUUGCAGGGCUUACCACGGAGACCUCUAUGAAUAGAAUGUCAGUGAUCCAGACGGAUAAUUUUCCCUCCGAGCCCAAUUACGCGGCCAACAGGCAGCCAUUUGCUCAAAGCGGCUCCACGUUCAAGGACGCAGAGCGAGCCAGCCUCCGGGACAGCGGCCACGGGGACAGCGACCAGGCCGACAGUGACCAGGAUACUAAUAGAGGCUCCCACUGCGACGCGUCUGUCAGAGAGACCCUCAAGAUGAAAGCCACAGCGGUUAAUGGGCAGCUUCUUGAACAGGGACAAGACAGGUCUGUUCACUGUACGGAUGAAUGUCGCGCUCUGGGCCACUCCGACAGAUGCUGGAUGCCAAAGUUACGGGUAGGAAGUCAAGCAGACAGCGGCGAUAAUCGCACCAACCUUUUCAUCCCAGUGGGAAUGGAGGCCAUGGUGGAGACAGAGAUUUAUGGCAGCCUGAGCCGCGGCGCAGCCAGGAAAACUCUCAGCACAUUCGGGAAGGAGCAGCGGGACGGCGCCAUCCUGGUGGCCAACGUCAAACCGUACUUAAAGCCCCAGCGGCCCCUCAGUCCCCUGCUGCAGGAGUGCUCCUCGGCGUCCAGCAGCCCCGCCAAGGGAAACACGCCCCUGGACUCCCCCACCAAAGGGCCCAAGGAGGAGGUGGGGAGGGACGGGGAGGACGGGAGUGCCUACGGACCUCCAGACGGCCAGUGCUCGCCCCCUCACACAGAACUGGAGCCAUUGUACCUGUCGUGUACCCUCAGGCCCAAGUCACUGUCCAACAGCCUCAUCCACGGUUCCGGGAUGAGUUCUGGGAUCAUCGGCCAGGAAUGUGGGGGGCUGGAGUGCGUGAGUCUGGACCAACGGGAUUCUGCGAACUGAAAGUUCGUAAGUCCGAGCUCUCGCUCUCGCUCUCGUCCGGCCGCCGUCUAACGGGGUCAUGGAUGAAUGACGGAGGGGGUCAUUCACGUUGACCCAGGGAGGUUCCAGACAUGCAUUGUAUAACCAAAAACCAUCAGACCAUUAGCUUUCUCUUUUUCUUUCUUUUUUUAAUUCUGGUUGUUUGUUGUUCAAAGUGUAGGGGGAAAAAAAUUGUCCUUGGUUCUGACUGCUGUGAGCGGAAGGGAAAGAAAACCGUCGCUUUCAUGCCAUUAUGUGUUUUCAUGGUGUACCCUUCAAUUUAGAUGUCUGUGUUUUACACAUUUCAAGCUCCAAUUUUGUAAGGGUGUUUGAACGAAUUGCUGCUGUUAAGCUAUUGAGUCCUGUCUGCUUAUGUACAGUGAUAUGCUUUUGUCUUCACUUACUGUAUUGUAUGAGAACAAUCCUUUCAAAUAUUUCAGACAGUUGAAAAACAUAUCAUUCAAGUGAAAUUCGAUGUGAAGUGUCUUAUGAACGUUUAAAGGCAAAAUGCUCGGGUAGAACAGGGAAUGCCCCUUUUCAUAAAACCAUUUGUGGUUCUGGAAAAUCUAACCGUUUUUUAUGAAUGUAUUUGUAAUUUUAUUGUUGUCUUCUCUGCGGUUUAUGUGCAAAUGAGCUGAGCUUUCAAGUGGAUAUGGGCUACUGUAUUUGUUGUGUAUUUUAUUAAAUUUGUAUACACACGUG